CUAGUGUUCAAUUGCUGGACACACGCCGAAAACAUUUUCCUGUCUCUCCCAGAGAAUUAGCUUAUUUCUGACGACGAAAUUCAUCGGUCUAUUUUCACUCGAUAGACCCCAUUCUCGGCUCAUUCGACUCAUUAGGUGAGUGAGGCAAGCUGGAGAAAGAGUUGAAGGGAGCCUACCUCGGAUAAACGUGUUCGCCUCUCAGAUUCAUCCGGUGCCCUUCCCAGCGACAAAUCUCCGCCACUUCCGCCGAUCUGUGCUCACAUCGUCGUGUUUUCGGAUACUUACCUCAUUGGAUUAAGUCUUGAAGGGCAUGUAAAUAUGUCGAGCGAGCGAGGAGAAAGCUCUGGCUCGAGUGGAAAUGAGCGUGAACGUGAGGACCACCACAAACAGCAACAAACUCGCCGGCGUGGGAACGAAAAAGAAACGAAGGCGUUGGUGCCAACCAAAUGGAGUAAAGCUCUGACAACCAGUGCUAAAAGAAUUCAAAAGGAAUUGGCUGAAAUCACACUGGAUCCACCGCCUAACUGCAGUGCUGGACCCAAAGGAGAUAAUAUGUAUGAAUGGGUAUCUACUAUAUUAGGGCCACCCGGAUCAGUAUAUGAAGGAGGCGUCUUUUUCCUGGAUAUACAUUUUUCGCCAGAUUAUCCAUUUAAACCACCUAAGGUGACAUUUAGGACACGUAUAUAUCACUGUAAUAUUAAUAGUCAAGGUGUGAUAUGUCUGGAUAUAUUAAAAGACAACUGGAGCCCAGCAUUGACCAUCUCAAAAGUAUUACUAUCUAUAUGUUCACUGUUAUCAGAUUGUAACCCUAGUGAUCCUUUAGUUGGUAGUAUUGCCACACAAUAUCUGCAGUCGCGUGAAGACCAUGAUAGGAUAGCCCGGCAGUGGACUAAACGAUUUGCUACAUGAACACAGUAUUUAUCUUUAGAAUAAUAAAUCUAAACUUAACCUU